GGAGAGUCGAGCAGCUCCUGUUGCAUUUGGGAGUCUCUCCGUCUGGCGUGUAGAGUGCUGUGGUCGAGAUGCAGCAAGCUCCCUUGCGGCUGUCUCAGACGAUAUGGACUGCUUUUCGAGCUGCGAAGCCAGCUCCUCGACCCGUUACUCGCCAAUUUUCCUCGGUGGUGCGACAGCCCCCGCAGCGAUGGACAUGUUCAAGGCCGAGGAUAGGUGUCCCAGUUCGAUUUUAUAGCGACAGCAAGCCCGAAGUCGACCGAAAAGUGGAAGACGCAAAGAGCAGGAUAGAAGAGAGCCUCGAUGCUCGAGCAGACCAAGCUGCCGAGGGUGGAAAGAAGCUCAAAAACGCUCGAGAUGAGACCAUCGUCCACACAAUACCAGAGUCGUCCUCGAUUGUCUAUACAUCCACCGGAGAGGAAACAGCAGCUCAAAAGCCUCAAGACCAACCUGCCUCUACCGAUAGAUCCUUACCAUCCGACUUCUCCGGCCGCUACUCUCAAAUGCGGAAACGCUUUUCAGAUUUCAUGGACAAUUUCCAAACGCACGUCUUUGUGGCAUCUAGGCGGUUGAACGACCUGACAGGGUACUCAGGAAUCGAAGAGCUCAAGAACGAGAUCGAACACCAAGAAUCCGUUGUCCAAGGGUCUCGCCGCGCUGUUAAAGAAGCCCGCUCAAGGUACAGUGACGCCAUAGCCACACGGAGCCAGACGCAACGUGAAGUAAAUGACCUGUUACACCGCAAGCACACAUGGUCAGCGACGGACCUCGAGCGCUUUACCAGCCUAUACCGAUCGGACCACGCAAAUGAGCAAGCCGAGGCCGCGGCGCAGAAAGACGUCCAGGACGCCGAAGCACGGUACGAAGAGGCUUCGACAAAACUUGCAAAGGCAAUACUGGCGCGGUAUCAUGAAGAACAGAUAUGGAGCGACAAGAUACGGCAAAUGUCCACAUGGGGGACGUGGGGCCUAAUGGGCCUGAACGUGCUGCUCUUCGUUGUCUUCCAGAUUGCAAUUGAGCCGUGGCGGCGGAAACGGCUCGUCAAGGGCUUCGAAGAGAAGGUCGAGCUCGCGCUUAAAGAGAGGCAGGAAGAGAAAUCCGUCGCCGCAAUGCCCGCUGUGCAUCCGAAUCAGACGGGCGCGGCGACAGUGAUGUCCGCGGGCGAGAAAGUCGACGCCGUCGCGGAUAAUAUAGCGGAGCAGAUUGUCGAUGCCGUAUCUGGGACGACUACGGACCAAACUGAGCCUGUCGUGUCCCAGGGUGUCAUAGAAGAGGCAGCUGAGAAGGUGACUAGCAACGAGAUUGCAGCGGAGGAAAUUAGUCGUGGCGCGCCAGAGACCGUUGUGCCAGAAGAGCCAAUCCCGCCUCCAUCUCCAGUAAGAGCGAUGGAGGUUCCCGAAGAAUCGCGCUGGACAUCUCCUAACUCACCACUGGCAUGGUAUGAGGAUGCGAUCCGCACAAGAUGGAGCGAGCAGCAGAGAGUCACACUCACACAGCGCGAGUUGACCACAGUGGCGAUGGAAGGUGUCGCUGGUGGUAUGGCUCUGAUGGGAUUGCUGUUUGUGCUCUUGAGGCCAAGAUGAACGAACCUGCAUCUUGGUGCUCUAGUCUCUUCUGCGAGCGUCAAGCCUUUUCACGCACACACCUCGCCUAUAACGCGAGCUGUCUGACCUUUGUAUAUACCUUGUAAGAUAUGAGAAUACAGCUUGCAGACUGAUAUCAACUACACAAUCCAGGUAUUAGUGCAGCU